AGUGGUUUUCAUCGUCAUAUGACGUACGACGAGCUCGCUGUUGAAAGUGAUAUUAACUGGGGGUAAAAAAGCAACAAAGGAUCUGGUGACAGGCGUUUGUGUGCAGUUUCGGAUUCGCAACUCAGUCGGAUUUAUUCAUUCUUGGUUUGAAGGGAAUUUAAAAACUGACGAUGAUAUUGCGGUCACUUAAAACGCCUCUGCUCUUCAUAGUUUUGUGUUUCGUAUUUACAACAUGCAAGGGCCACCGAGUGGAUGAUGAUAGCCACUUUAAUGACGCUGAUGAAGACCAUUUCUUAGGGAUCGAUUCAGAAGAUGGUCAUGAAGAUGAAGAACCACUGCCACCUCUGGCCCUGCCUCUUCAAAAUGAUGUUGUCGGAAAUAAAGGGUGCAGCCGGAAUACGUGUGGCCGUUGGCGCGAGUGUGAAACGAACUCUCUGGGAGAUGCCAUCUGCACUUGCCACAAGUACUGCAAGAAAAGGAAGAAGCCCGUGUGCGGUACUGACGGACGUUACUACGCCAACCACUGCGAGCUCCAUCGACAAGCCUGCCUAACAGACACCACCAUUGCUAUCGAUCAUAAGAGACUGUGCCUCAAAAAAAGAAGUAAAUCAGUUUUAGAAACCACAACAACAGAUGUAGAGACAUCAGCCGAAGAUGUGUCCACCAGCAACACUCCAGUGACCACUCUCGGAACCACGGACCGCCGGACAGACGAUCCUUCCUCUUGGACCAACAUCCCUCAGCCGGAACCGAGGACCGUAGCCCCCUCAGUUCCCCUGAGCACCGUCCUUCCUCUCACCACGAUGAUGACCCAAACCAGCGACGUGGAUUCCGAACUUCCUCCCCAGAGGGAAUGCAGCCAACAAGAUUACGAUUUUAUGAAGGAGAAUUUACUGCUUUUCAACAGUGCGAAACUUACCGAUUCUAAAAAACCAGGCAACGAGUACUUGGUGAGCAUCAUGUUCUCUCAUUACGACCAGAACAACAACGGGCAGCUGGAAGCGGAAGAACUGUGGCAAGCAGCCGAACGGGACCACCUGGGCCAGCUCUCCAAAUCCUGCAUCUUGGCCGAUAUGCUGCUCUUCGAUGACACGGACAGAGAUGGAGCCAUGUCCAUAAACGAGUUCUAUCUCGCAUUCAGUAAGUUGAACAGCGUGUCCGUCGUAUCCUUAGACAAAGCCUUAGAAGUGAAUCACGUGACCGCCAGAGUUGGAGAUAAUGUGGAAAUAAAAUGUGACGUCACUGGAACUCCACCGCCACCUAUCGUCUGGCGACGAAACGAUAUGGACUUGGCGUCUCUCAACGAAGAUGAAAUAAAAGUAUUUGUUGACGGAUCUUUAUAUCUGACAAAUGUGCAGCUUAUACACGGUGGCAAUUACACGUGUCAUGCACAACACAACCGAGAUGUGGUUCAGACACAUAUCUUGCAUGUUCACACUAUUCCUGAAGUCCACGUAAUACCGAAACUCCAAUCCCGGGCCCCGGGUGAGCUGGCGGAAAUGGAGUGUCACGUGAUCGGCGUCCCCACCCCCGCUGUCUCGUGGCUCAAGAACGACGAGGAGCUGAAACUCAUGACGGACAAGUACACCAUAGUUGGUAAUGGGACAGCUCUCCUGGUCGGCAAGAUCACGUACAGUGACACGGGCGCCUACAUGUGCGUGGCUAGUAAUCCCGCCGGGAUGACCAGAGACAUCACAUCUCUCAUUGUUCAAGACCAGCCGACCCCAACUGCUCCGUCAGAAGAACGACGGUUUUUCGUAUUCCAUGAUUGGGGCGUGUCUGUGUUCGAUCCUGAUAACUGCCGCCUGUACCACCAGAUUCAAAGCACGGAUGUCAUCCCCGGCACUCAAGAAUACGUCUGCGGGGACCGGGGCAUCAACUGCUCUUGGGGACAUGCCAUCAACGUGGCAGACCGAUACGUGUACGUCACGCAGCCCACCAAAGACAGGGUGCUCAUCAUCUCCAGAGUGCAGAUGGUCGUCGUCGAUGUGGUGGUAACUGACAAAGUGCCUGUGGAUAUUCAUUACGUGCCUCACCUGGAUCAAGUGUGGAUCGUGUGCUGGCGGGGUCGGGAAGACAGAGGGACCAAAACUAUCCAGAUUAUCCGAGAUGCCAGUCAAAAGAAGAAGCACCACACCGUGCAUCCAGAGCCCGUGGAUGGACAUUUUGACUUGGUGAGUGGUUUGUUCAUUCCCCCUACCCAAGACCUUGGACAUGGUUGGAAAUAUGGAUACGUCGUGCACACCAACCAGAGGGGAAUGUAUAAAUUGGAUUUGCAAGCAAUGAAAUACAUCAAGACUGUGGAUCUCACGCCUUACAAUUGCGCUCCUAAGACGGCAGAUUUCUCCACUCUAGGCGGUUUUGCUAUCCUAGAAUGUCGAGAACCCAUCACUGAUCGUCCGACAGGACAAGUGGUGCUCGAUUAUCUGACCGACACUGUUCUUUCUCACAAAACCGCCCUCUUUGGUCAGCCACAUGUCUCUCCAGACUCCAGGCAUGUAGUGACUCUCGAAAGGACCAACAACAGCGUCAUCAUAGUGGCACAACAGAUCACAGAAAAUGGUUUGAGAUUCCUGUUCGACGUAAAGACCACACUACAGAUUGGAGACAUUACCUUCUUCCCAUCAAGAACCACCCACAAUUACGACCUCUACGCCAGUUCCUCCACCAAAGAGGACAUCCUCUUCGUAAACCUCGCCGAUGGGAAAGUGGAAAUGAUCACAGGCAUCGGGCGGUCCAUGGACCCCAUGGUGGCCGAGUGGGGCAACACCAAUCGACCCAUCUCGAGCGCGGGAGUGUUCGGCACUUAUAUGGUGACCACUGCCAAUGAAGCCAUCUUUGUCAUCAAUGGGAAGACCAGGACCGUGAACUGUGAAAUUGGCAGCACGGUCCAUCCAAGGAUGGUGGUUUGGGCCAAGGCUCCUUGAAGCAGGCUGAGACAUUUAGGCGGCUCCUUGUAAAUGACCAUGCCGGACAGUUGGGGGUUCGAUCCUCCCGACAACACCUUAGCCUUACAGUACGGCUUUAAUGCGCACGGAUGAAUGACAGUUUAUUCUAGAUGUCGAAAAAAAAUGCCUUGAUAUUUCUUCACCAAAACUAGUUCCAAUUGUCUUUGGAUAUAUAUAUAUAUAUUUCUCGUGUUUCAUGCGUUUUCCCACUACUAAUUCGCUGCUUCGCUUGAGGAUAUUUGAAAGAGAGCACAUAGCCAAGUUUGACGUUCCAUUCUUAUACAAAAGUUCUUUUUUUUUUUUCUUUUUCCUUCAAAGCAUAUCCUAUUUCAUAUUUGACCAAAAUAAAGCUCUUAUUUGUAAAUUUUUAAAAGUAAUGAAUUUAUCUCUGAAUACUUAUUAAUAAUGUAUUUGAAAAAUUUAUUAAAAUGCACCAUUUUUUUUUUUUUAUCUACAUCCAGCGGAGAAUGUUAUUUGUUCUAAAUAGAAUAUAUGUAUUGCAUUCAUUUUAUUUAGAAUAAUUUUCAAGAAUGUAAGAGAUGCUCUUCAACUGCUGCGAAAGCUGAUAUGUAAAGUUAAGGUGUUGGUUAAUGCAGAAGACAGUUCUGCUUUGCAAAAGUGCAAGUUCUCAUUCCUGUCACACGAUUUUUUUUCUCUUGUUCCAAGCAAAAAAAAGCACUUUGCACAUCGGUUCAUAGGUCAAUUAUUUUUGUUUCGAUCAUGAAAUUUGAGUUAUCAAAAGAAAAAUUCAUAUUUAACGUAUCUUCAGAUACUCAAGUAUUAUAAAAUAUAAUAAAAAAAUGCAAUAAAGUUUCUAAUUAGAAAUAUUUUAGAUAUAUGGAUAGUCUAUUUAUAUAUAAAAAUGCAAAUGUGUCACCCAUCCAUAAUAUUUAACAUAUUAAAUAUUAUCGUGAUUUUAUGACCGAUUGUUUAAAAUUGCUCGUGUAUAUUGUUUUCAGAGUUUCAAUACAAAAUAAAUGAAACCUUAAUAACUGUCCAUAUGAGCCGAGUACACUUUUGCUACAAUGGAUGUUGCACUAAUGCUUCUGCCAAUCCUGGGAUUCUCUCGGAAAAGCUACGUUCAUAAAUCGAUAAACAUUAUCUAAAAUUUUUCAUAAUUUUAAAAUAUUUUGUAGCUAUAUAAGUGAAAAAUGCUACUAUAUUAUGCUUGCUGAGAUUGAUUCGCUGAGCCUGCAAAACAAAAUUCAACUUUUUUUAUUCCUUUGAUGUAAGGAAACUAAACGAUAAAUUAAAGGGGAAAUAAAUUGCAAUUCUACUUAUUUUCAGUAUUCUAAAAAGAAACAAAAACUAUUUGAAUAACAUAGAAUAAUAUUGAUAUAAUAAAAAAAAAAAACACUCUAUUAAAAUUAAAACACAAAAUAUUUAUACAAAAUCCAGUAAUCAACAUUUUAUAUCGAUAAAAGUAAAUAAAUAUCAGUUUCUUUUUUUCCCCCUGAACGUGGCUUCAGAGAUCUCAGAUCCUUGCACACACUACUUGUAUUAUUGUAAAAAAAUGUCCAGUGUAUAUGUAUUUUUUACUUUAAUUUACAGAAAUGUAUAUUGAAUUUACUUCUAUUUUUUUCAAAAAUAGAUGUAGAUUUAUUCUAACAGAGACCAUAAAUCACACUUAGCAGCUUAAUUACUGAUGUGUAAAACAGUAUGUUUUGGUGAGUAAUAAUUUAGCACUUUAUAUUAACCUCACAGUGAAACUCAAUCAGCACAAAGUAUAUUCCCCAUGUCAAUAUUUUUUCGGCAAAUUUACGCAGUUAUUUUAAAAAAAUAACAAUAAAAAUAGGCUUAAAAAUGGGAAUAAGAAAAUCAAGCAAAUUAAUCAAAAAAUAAGCUUAAAACAGAUGUGUUUGCCCAAUUUAUAGCUUUUCAUCAUUUUUGCAUCUUAGAAAGAAGGGGAAAUUGAUAAAUUCUUCCUUAUAUUUGAUCCAAUAACCCCCUACCAAAAAAAAUGUCAAAGUAAAAUAAAUGUUCAGAAUUUAUAAAAUUAUUAUAGCUAUUUUCAAAAGCAAUAAAAUUAAAUUAAGUGAUAUUCCAGAAAUAAAAUGAGUAGAAUUAAAAUAUGCGUAAAUGUAUUUUACUAAACAGGAAUCAAUACAUUAAAUCUCUGUGGUAUCCUCAUCAGAUCUCUUAACUAUACAUGUAUCAGUGUAUUUUCGUUAAUGAUUUUCCCCCCAAUUAUUUGUUUCAAUUUUAAAUAGCAGUGCACAACUUAAUAAUCAAACAUUAACAUAUUUCUAAAAGAGCUCAAAAAUGUUAAUUCCAAAAGAUAAACAUGUUUCAUAUUUUACAUGAAAAUAAAAAAUAUAAAAUAAUUAAAAAGUAAUAUUGAUUCAACAAUAAGAAUGGUAAGAAUACAUUUAAAUACCAUUCAAAAUUCAUUCUAAAAUAAUUUGCAUCUGUUUUCAGUUGUGCACUGCUGUUUUUAGGUAAACAUAAUCAUUUUGCUUUAUAUGUUUCUCUUUUGUCUAGUCUCUGAAUUCACUUGUAUAGCGACAUGUACAGUUGACA